UUAUCCCUCAAAUAAACAUUCUCUAGGGUUUUCGCAUACGCCGCUUGUUCUUUCCUCUGUGAGCAACCGACGAAAUGGGUCAUGACAACGUGUGGAACUCUCAUCCGAAGAAGUACGGUCCUGGCUCACGCACCUGCCGUGUGUGUGGAAACUCCCACGGGCUGAUCAGGAAGUAUGGUCUGAACUGCUGCAGACAGUGUUUCCGCAGCAAUGCCAAGGAGAUUGGAUUCAUCAAGUAUCGUUAAUGAAGCACCAGUUCUUGAUUGAUGCUUGUAAUACGCAAAAAUGAUGGCGUCAAUCAAUUGUCUCUGAAACUGUUUUAGUUUUUUUUAAUGCACUUCAAUUUUGUGGGGAGGUAUCGAAUAAGUUGGUGGACCUCUCUAAAUACCUAUGUAUUUUCUCUUAAAAGCUUAAGUUUCAUGGAACAAUGCUCUAUAUGGUCAAAAUAUCAACGCGAUUUUGUAAUUGAAUGACAUAAUCUUGGUUGUAUUAGACAUUAAUCGCAACAAAAGCUUAAGUGUCAAAAUAAAAAUUUGAAACA